AUGGUAAAAUUCUCUAUCGAAAAGAAGACUUUACUCGGACGUUUAGGUAAAAUCGAGUCAUGGGGUCCUGUAGAAGUAAAUCAUCACACCCCAUCGUGCAUGACUUAUCUACGAGCCGGUCACAUUCCUCAUCUAACAUGGGAUGUUGCUGAAAACCAGCUAAAACUCGAGCAGACUCCAAUCUAUCAAAUGACACUUCCAUCUCUUGUCACGAAUGCAAAAAUCAUUGAAAAAUUCGGAAAAGGCGCCGCAAAAUUCUGUGGGAUGCCUGGGAAAAAUGCGAUUCAUUUGAAACCUUUCGAUCCAUUAGGGAAGCUACCCGGAGGUUAUAAUGAUUCGAAAUCGAUUGCUGUUUGGACGGCGAAUGGAAAAGUUUCGUUGGAUGUGAAGACGUGGCGAUCGAUUGUGAAUUCGUUCGGAUGCUCGUCGUUUGAGAGUUUAGUUGAUUAUGAUACACCGAAAGACGCCGGACAGAAGAAGUUGGUGAAAGCGGUGGAUAGAACGAAGACAUUUCAUGAACAACUCUUUUUACAAGACGAAAAAGUGUCUGGGGAGCGAGUGGUAGCGCUCGGCGGCGGUUUCAGCAAAUAUCACAGAAGAAAAUGUGCAGUUGAUGUAGGAUUGGCAGAAAAUACAUCCGCUUACACUGUUGAAUUCCAUGAAUUCAUUGAAGGAAAAGAGACGGAUGAGAAGGAGAUGAAAGAGCUGUUAGAAGAGACAUUUUCACCACUUCCCCCGACAAAACUCCGUUGCAUUUCCGGACCAUUCAACCCGAAAACCGUCCUUUUCUUGGUUCAACAAGGAAUCGACUUCUUCGACUCAACGUUCCCCAUCAAAUUGGCUGAAGAUGGGCAUGCAUUCUGUCUCGCCGACGACUAUCCGACGUCUUCUAAAUAUGAAGUUGUGGAUUUCAAUAAUCAGAAGUUUGCCGACGACUUCACAACGCCUUUCGCAGGGUGUGCAUGCUAUACUUGUACGAAAUACACGAAAGGAUACCUGCAACAUCUUCUUAAUACACGAGAAUUGCUGGCAUCGAUUUUGUUAGUAAUUCACAACAUGACGGAGUACGACCGAAUGUUCAAAUUGAUUCGGAAGUCGUUGGAAAACUCGGAGGGACUUUGA